AUGGGUACCAAGACGGGUCUGGUGAUCGGCUAUGAUGGGGCUCACCCCUUCUCAAAGGUCAACGUCGUAGACCGUGCUUCCGUGCAAGAACUCCUCCGCACCCUGCUCGAUCCCUUGGAGCCCUUCUUCUCUCCCAACAAAGCUCGUGUGAGGGUGCCAGGUGCCACGGCUGUGCGAUUCGACCAGACGGCUUCUGAAGUAGAGGGAAUAUGUCGUCCGCUGUGGGGCCUGGCUUGCCUAUUGGCUGGUAACGGAGAUUAUAAAGGCAAGACCCUGUGGAUCGAUGGCAUCAAAGCUGGCACAGACCCCGAGAAUCCAGAGUAUUGGGGUUAUCCCCGAGAUAAUGACCAGAGAAUGGUGGAGAUGUGCCCUCUUGGGUUCGCUCUGGCUGUUGCCCCUGAUAUCUGGGGAUCUAUGUCAAGCAAGGAGAGAACAAACGUUGAGAAUUGGCUCGGAAACUCGAUCAACGAGAAGAACAUGCCAAAUACCAACUGGCUCUGGUUCAGAGUGUUCGCAAAUCUCGGUCUGAAGAAGAAUGGAGGACAGUUCUCCCAGGAGCGACUGGAUAGUGACAUAGAGCAUCUAAACACCUUCUACCGCGGUGAUGGCUGGUCAAACGACGGCCCGGAACACAUUCAUCAGAUGGACUACUACUCGUCCAGCUUCGCCAUCCACUAUCUCCAACUGCUGUACGCCAAGCUUGCCGGGGACGACGAGCCAGAUAGGGCGGCCGAGUUCAAGAAGCGCGCCCAGGCUGUCGCUCUUGAUCUGGUGCACUAUUUCGACGAAGAGGGUCGAUCAAUUCCAUUCGGACGCAGUGUUGGAUAUCGUUUUGCCAUGUGCUCCUUCUGGGGCGCGCUUGCAUACGCAGACGUUGAGCUCCCGAAGCCUCUGACCUGGGGCAUCGUGAAGGGCAUAGUGCUGCGUCACCUCCGGUGGUGGCAGACGCAGCCCAACAUCUGGAGCUCAUCUGGCACACUGACUAUCGGAUACUCGUACCCGAACAUGUACAUGGCUGAGAACUACAACAGCCCCGGGAGUCCGUACUGGGCAUGCCUUGCAUUCAUCUGCCUUGCUGUCCCAGAAACUCAUCCUUUCUGGACUUCUAAGGAGGAAUCUCAAUGGGACGUUAUUCCAAGGUCGCCCAAGCCUUUGAAGCAGCCGGGUCAUAUCAUGACAAACCUGGGCGGCCAUUGUAUGCUACUGUCAUCUGGCCAGGCAUGCGGCUAUCCCAUGAAGGGUACACAUGCCAAAUAUGGUUGUUUCGCCUACAGCAGUUCCUACGGCUACUCAGCGCCGCCAGGUCUUUUCACACUGGAGCAGUACGCGUUGUCAUCCCAACUUGGCCUUUCUGACGACGGUGGCGAAUACUGGAAGACAAGGAGAAUCUCCGAGUAUGCGGGCAUCGAAGAUCGAGAAGGAAAACCGGUCCUUGUGUCCGUGUGGCGGCCUUUCGCGGACGUCAAGAUUAAGACCUACCUUGUCCCAUCCGAGGAGGCCACGCCCAAUUGGCAUCUCCGCGCACACCACAUCGAGGCUGGGCGGGAAGUUAUGACAGCUGACGGCUCGUUCGCGAUCUGCAACGAGCGCACGCCCGACGGCCGGUUCCUCGAUCUAUACGACGCGGAGAAGAUUGAGGGGACGCGGCCCAAGCUCAUCGGCAACUACGAUGUGAACACGCCCGAAGCCUGGUCGACCGGAGCGGAUGGCGCGUUCGCGGUCUCGAAGGGCGCAGUUGGCAUCAAGGCCCUAGAGGGGGAAGAUGUGGGCCGCAAGGCGACAUUGGUCAACGCCGACCCGAACUCGAACUUGGUGGAGAGUCGCACCACCAUCCCGACGAUUCAGCACACCAUCAAGGCAGGGACUUCAGUAUGGUACGUCUCGGCUAUCUACGCCAGGCCCUCUGGCAAGACAGUGCCCAAGGAGACAUACUUGAAUGGAUGGGACGAACCACCUGCAAUUCCUGGCUGGUUGAAGGCUGAGAUUGGUAACUGA